CUGCUGCGGGGCGACAAGGUAAUUCGGGGCGCGGCGGUUGCCAUCGCCGUGGCGGACUUGGUGCUCGCCCUCCUGGUCUUCUCCCUGUUCGAGCGGGGCGGGGACGCGGCGCGCUUCCAGUUCGUUGACCAGUUCUCCUGGAUUCCAGACAUUGGCCUGAAGGCCUCGUACCUGCUGGCCGUGGACGGCCUUUCCGCGCCGCUGGUGGCGCUGACCGGGCUGCUGGGGCUAUCGGCAGUGCUGGCUUCUUGGCACGUUGGGGUGCGGGUCAAGGAGUAUUUCUUCUGGCUGCUGAUUUUGCAGACGGCGGUCAUGGGCGUGUUUUCCGCCCUCGACCUGCUACUGUUCUUCCUGUUCUGGGAACUGGAACUGGUGCCGAUGUACAUGCUCAUCUCCAUCUGGGGUACGGGGCGCAAAGAGUACUCGGCGAUGAAGUUCCUGAUCUUCACCAUCCUGGGCAGCGCGUUCAUGCUGGUGGCCAUCGUGGCAGUGUUCCUCACGCCCGAGGUUGGCACUUUCAACCUGAUCGAGCUGUCGACCACCGGAGGGGUGCUGGCGUCGGCGGCCACGCUGCUGCCGCUGUCGUGGCUGUUUUGGCUGUUCUUCGUCGCUUUUGCCGUCAAGCUGCCCACGUGGCCGCUGCACACCUGGUUGCCUGAUGCCCAUACUGACGCGCCCACGGCUGCCAGCGUUAUGCUGGCCGGCGUGUUGCUGAAGAUGGGCGGGUACGGACUGUUGCGGGUGAACGUGGGACUGUUUCCCGAUCAGUCGUGGGAGUUUGCCUGGGUACUGGUGACUCUUGGGGUGAUCAGCGUGCUGUACGGGGCGGUGGUGACCAUGCGCCAGACCGACCUGAAACGGCUCAUCGCCUACUCCAGCGUCAGCCACAUGGGGCUGGUGCUUCUGGGAAUAGGUUCGGUGGGAGUUGCCGGAGGCACGCUGACUACGACGGGGCUGAGCGGGGCGGCGAUGCAGCUUUUCACCCACGGCACGAUCACUGGCCUCCUCUUCCUCGCCGUGGGCAUCGUGUAUGAGAAGGCGCACACCAGCGGCUUUGUGUCGGAGCUACUGGUGUUCCUUGGCGCAUACCGGGCCUACGACUGGCCGACGGUGCUGGCGGUGCUCGGCAUCGUGCUGGCCGCCGGGUACAUCCUGUGGAUGAUGGAGCGCACCUUUUUCGGAGCACCCCGGGAGCGGUUUGGAGAUCUGACAGACGCGUCGCUGGUGGAGGCGGCGCCGCUGGCGCUUAUGGUGAUCUGCAUCAUUGGGGUGGGGGUAUACCCUCAGCUGCUUACUGAUAUGUUCGAUACCGCCCUGGGGCCUAUGGUCCAGGCGAUCAACGGCGGCUAG